UUACCAUUAGAUUUUUCUCUCAGUCCCAGCUAAGAUUCUUCACUCAGACUUGUGACUCAAUGAGUAUCAGUCUCUUUUGUUCACCCUCCACCUCUGUUUGUACCUUGGUGCAGAAAUGGACCAGAAUUUCUGGUUGCCACUGUGUUUGUUUUAUGUAUUCCAUUCAUUAACGGCCUUCAACAUUGAUCCUGCGACAUGGAAGACCUUCACAAACAAUGAAAACAGUGGCUUUGGCUAUAAAGUGAUACAGAAAGGUGCAAGUCUGCUUGUGAGUGAUCCUUUAAUACAACACAGCCAAACUCAAAGAGGACAAAUUUAUGACUGUUCUGUUACCAGAGGAAACUGCGUGCCACUGGCCAUUACUGUCCCAGCUGAAGCUGUCAACAUGUCCCUUGGACUUUCAAUGUCUCUAGAUCCUCAGUCUUCAAGAACAGUGGUUUGUGGUCCAACCAUACCUAAGAAUUGUGACGUAACAACUUACAAUGGCAUGUGCUUUAAAAUCAGUUCAGAUAAUGUUGUGAGCAGAUCUGUGCCAAGGACUCUGAGAGAAUGCCCAAAAUCACAGAUUGACAUUGCUUUUUUAAUGGAUGGAUCUGGAAGUGUAAAUUAUGAGGAUUUUAAAAAGAUGAAGGCUUUUGUUAUAGAAAUGAUCAAAAGUUUUAUAGACCAUGAUGCACAGUUUGCCAUUGCACAGUUUUCUACAAAUUGUUACAUUCAUUACAAGUUUAAACAAAGUUUCAAAAAUGCCAAGCUGUGGGAAGAUGCAGUGACUCAGAUAUCUCAAAAAAAAGGAUGGACUAACACCGCAAAAGCUAUAGAACAACUUGUGAGGGAGCUAUUCAUAAGUGAAGAAGGUGCAAGACCAUCAGCCAGUAAAAUUCUGGUUGUUAUCACAGAUGGUGAAUCAACUGAUCAUUUCUUGUCUGAAGCUGUCAAAAAAGCACAAGCAAAAAAUAUAACACGAUACGCUAUUGGGGUUGGCAAUGCGUUUGAUAUUGACAAAGCAACAAGCGAGCUGGCAAUUAUUGCAUCUUUACCCACCAGUAAGCAUGUGUUAAAAGUAACUGACUUUGACGCGCUGGAAAGUAUUCGUGAACAACUCAAAGAGAACAUUAUUGCCAUUGAAGGAACCCAGACCUCUGGUGAUUCAUCUCGGAUGGAGUUUUCACAGGAUGGGUUUAGUGCAGCAUUUACAUCAAAUACAGAUAUAAUAAUGACUGCAGUGGGAGCUUUCCAGUGGAAAGGUGGAUAUCAGCUGUAUAAACAGAAUGAACGGUUAAAUGUCUUUCAAGCUGGAAGUGAGCAUGACAGUUAUUUAGGUUAUUCUUUGGCAAUAGCGACAAUGUUCGGAGCAAAGUAUGCAGUCAUGGGAGCACCGAGAUACAAGCAUAAGGGAAAAAUAACUGUUUCAAGAAUUGAUAAUAUUCGAAGCAAUUUAAAGGAACUGGAUCCCCCUAAGCCUCAGAUUGGCUCAUAUUUUGGAGCCGAGGUUUGUGUGGUGGAUUUGAACAGUGACUCCAGAACAGACCUCCUGUUGGUAUCGGCACCAACAUACAUGGAGCCUGACCGGGAGGGCAAAGUGUUUGUUUACACCUUCACUCGUCGGUCUCACUUCGUUUUUUCGGGUAUGGUGCUGGUGGGAAUGGCAGGUCAGAGGGGUCGGUUUGGUUCUUCUUUGGCCAGUCCAGCAGAUCUGAAUAAUGAUGGUUAUAUGGAUGUGCUGAUUGGAGCUCCUUUAGAGGCAGAUGGACAGGGCAGCAUCUACAUCUUCAAUGGAGGAGAAGAUCAAAUAAAUUCUGCAUACUCACAGAGGAUUGCUGGAUCGUCUGUGCGACCAGGUUUGCGGUUCUUUGGGAUUUCACUAAGUCAGUCCUCUCUAGACCAGACUCAAGACAGCCUUCCUGAUAUUGCUGUAGGGUCCAUGGGAGCAGUUCUGCUUCUCAGGUCCAGACCCAUCAUGCAUUUGGAAACCAGAGUAACUUACAACCCAUCCAAAAUACCAACCGGUGAAACAGACCAAUCACUUAAAAACACCAUGAAAGUGUGUUUCACCAUGAGGCCAUAUAGACACAGCAUAAGAGGUUUAACAGCAAAUAUUAAUUACACCAUAACGCUGGAUGCCAAGCGACAGAAAUAUCGAGCAUAUUUUUCACCCAAAAACCACUUCCACAAUAAUGAUAUGAAGAUUAGGUUUUAUGACGAAACUUGCAAAAGUCAUCCUUUCCUUAUAGACGCUUUCUCAGAAGAUGCUCUGAUCCCAUUGUCCAAUCAGUUAACAUUCACAUUUGAGGGUCUACCAUCUGCCAACUUGAAAAACAUAAGGCCAAUACUGCUGCCGGGAAUAAAGACCACCACAGACCACAAUCUGGAUUUUGAAAUAAAUUGUGGACAUGAUGAAAUUUGUGUUGAUGACCUCAGGAUGGAUUUCAGUUUCUCUGGUUCUACAAAUAUAGAGGUUGGGAUCAUGCAGGAAAUCGAUGUGGCAGUGUUUGUAGAGAACAGAGGAGAAAACUCAUACAACACAUUCUUCACCCUCAACUACCCCUUUGGACUUUCCUACAGGAGAAUCACAUCUAAACAGGGCAGAGUGGAGUGUGUAUCUCUUGACAGUGAGCAAAAAGGUACAUUUGGAGAGACCACCUGCAGCAUAAGCAAGCCCAUCCUCAAGGGCAAUGCUCAGGCUGUGUUUCAUAUUACAUACAGCAUUGAUAAAGAAAGCACCUUUGAUCAAAAGGUCAGAUUUACUGCUAGAAUCAACAGUGGGAAUGACCAACACUCUCAAACCAGUGAAUUAUCCAAAGAGAAAAGCAUUGGUGUCAAAUAUGCCAUGUAUAUUGCCUUAAUAAGGUUAGUGCUUUGGUUCUCUAUAACAGACACUCUCAACUGGAUUUGUUUCAGCACCCAGAUUUGACAAUGAAUGUUACGUUUUCACUUUAUAUUCAAAGUAAAAUCUGGGAUUCUAAAGCAAAACCGAUUGGAAUUUAAUGUUCAAUUUAGACAGGGUUAUAUUUUGUUUGACAUGAAAUCUAAUACAAAAAAUAAAAUAAAAAAUAAAAAACAAAUAAAUAAAUAUGUUGUAUUACACUGUAGUUAUUAAGCUAAUUUGGCCAAGCUAAACUGAUGAAUCUCAUUAGACAAGAAAAUAUUUUGCAUGCUUUAACCAAAUAAAUUCAGACUUGAGUAAAAACAUAACAUAAAAAACACAAAAUAUUAAAUAACUGUUUGAAACACAUUUUUUUCUUUUAUUUUGAAUAAGCAUGAAGAUUCAACCCUCCACAUUAAUUUUACUGCACAGAAAAAUGAUACUGGUAAACCAGUCAAACAGAUACUAAAGGUUGAAAAUGACUUUAGAGAACUAAGUUUCAAAGUUUUUAUCAGAGUACCUGUGAUGUUGGGAGAAAAAUCUAUCUGGACUAAUAAAAACAUACAGAUUCCAGGCUGUGUGAAACAGAGGGAUAAGCGACCUGUCGUAACUGAUUUUGUCGAAGUAAUUAAAAAGGAUCGUGUGGUGAACUGCUCUGUGGCGGUGUGUGCGGAGUUCAGCUGUAAUGUCACUCUCAUAAAGAAUGAAAGGAUGCUCUAUAAUAUAACUGGCAAUGUGAGCUCUGGAUGGAUUGAGCAGACUGGACUCGGAGCUGGUGUUUUUCAGCUGGUCAGUUCAGCAUCUCUGGAUUAUAACCAGAGUAAAUAUGUUUUCUUUUCCUCUGAUUCUCAACAAACUGUACCAUCUGUUCAGAUUAAUACUCAAGUGGAGGUGUACGAGGAGGUGAAUCUGACUAAAGAGAUCGCCGGAGGCAUAAUAGGAGGAUUGCUGCUACUGGCUCUCAUCACAGCUGCUCUCUAUAAGUCUGGUUUUUUCAAAAGCCAUUACAAGCAGCUGCUAGAGAACGCAGAGGAAAGCCCUGAAGAGGGACCAACCACAAAAUAUUUUAACUAAUAUAACAAACCCCUUUAGAUCAACCACAAAAGUGAUGCAUUAAAGAUACAAAUGUGGCUUUACAUGCAAGUGAAAUUAUUUUCUUGGACCAACUUUAAUAAUGAGGUUUAUUACAUGCAUAUGAAUGCAAAUAUUAUUGAGAUACUGCUUGUACAAUAAUCAUAAGCUUUCCGUUAACCAACUCUGUAAUGUCUUUAUUAAAUAAAAGGGCCUGCUGCACAGUUAAAA